GCAUCACUGCGGCGGGACCUGUUCGCGCAUGCGCGUCUCUGCCUGUCUCGUUCUGUCUCUGCGUUGGACGUGAAUGAAGGACGAGGAGUGAAGCAUGUUGACGGUGCUGACCUCCAUGUACCUGGUGGCGCGGACCUUUUCCUCGCAGGCUGACCCGAUCCGCGUGGUGGUGACUGGUGCUGCAGGGCAGAUCGCCUACUCUCUGCUCUACAGCAUAGCUAAAGGAGAUGUGUUUGGAAAGGAUCAGCCCAUCACCCUGGUCCUGCUGGACAUCCCGCCCAUGCUGCCCGUGCUGGACGGCGUCGUCAUGGAGCUGCAGGACUGUGCCCUCCCACUGCUGAGGGAGGUCAUCCCCACUGACAAAGUGGAGGUGGCCUUCAAGGACAUUGAUGCUGCCAUCUUGGUGGGCUCCAUGCCCAGGAAGGAGGGCAUGGAGAGGAAGGACCUCCUGAAGGCCAACGUGGCCAUCUUCAAGACGCAGGGCGCCGCUCUGGACAAGUUCGCCAAGAAGACCGUCAAGGUUCUGGUGGUGGGAAACCCAGCCAACACCAACUGCCUCAUCGCCUCCAAGUCGGCUCCAUCCAUCCCUAAAGAGAACUUCUCUUGCCUGACCCGACUGGACCAUAACCGAGCCUCUUCUCAGGUGGCGAUACGUUGCGGUGUGCCCUCUGACAAGGUGAAAAACGUCAUAAUCUGGGGGAACCACUCGUCCACUCAGUACCCUGAUGUCCACCACGCCAAGGUGGACCUGCACGGCUCCCAGAUGGCGGCCUACGACUGCGUAAAGGACGAUGCCUGGCUCAGAGGAGAUUUCAUCUCUACAGUGCAGCAGCGCGGCGCCGCUGUCAUCAAGGCUAGGAAGUUGUCCAGCGCCAUGUCUGCUGCCAAGGCCAUCUGCGACCACAUGAGGGACAUCUGGUUUGGCACCAAGGAGGGUGAGUUUGUGUCCAUGGGCGUACACGCUGGAGCAAACCCUUACGGUAUUCCAGAAGACCUCAUCUACUCCUUCCCUGUCCAGAUCAAAAACAAGACCUGGAAAGUGGUCGAAGGCCUCGCCAUCAAUGACUUUUCCCGGGCCAAGAUGGACGCCACGGCAGCGGAGCUGGUGGAGGAGCGAGACACCGCACUGGACUUCCUUUCCCAGUGACUGGCACCCCCUGCUGGCCAGCAGCAGCAGCAUGUCCAUCUCUUGAAGGCUGGAUGCUGCUCUCGGCUGUGAAGACCAAGCCCGCCACGCGUGUUCCUUCCCACAUACAAAGUGUGUGUGUCCGUGUGUAUGUGUUGGCCUGUUAUCAUAACCUGGCCGCCAAUAGGCGUUCAUGUUGGUAGAAGCGCUCACAAGCUGUCCACAACGAUCCAAUAAUAAAACAAUGAAACUAAA